ACGGGCCGGGGCGGGGAGGAGGUGGCCGCCCCUCGCCGCUCUGGCUUUCUUGGCUCCCCCGGUCCCGGAUGGUGACGGCGGCGCGGGGAGACGCUGGACGGGGCGGCCCUGUCGAGGCACGCGUGGCGCCCGCAUGCUUUGCCCUGCGCGCCCUGGAACCCCUUGGGGCUCGAGUCUCCCGCGUCCCCGCCGCCGCGCGCCCUGCCUGCCGUGCCCGGGCCCGCACGCCAGGAGCGCGGCUCGCUCCGUGCUCCGCCCUGGAGACCAAAUGUACUGACGAUUUCGCGCGCUGUUUAAUUACCUAGAAGUUCUAAUGUGGCGUUUUUAUGUUUUUAAUGCAGAGACCAGUAAUCCGUUAUGGAGCAUGCUAUUACCCCGUUGGAACCCCUGCUUCCCACUGGGAGUUUGAAAUACUGCCUUGUGAUUCUGAAUCAGCCUUUGGACAAAUGUUUUCGUCAUCUUUGGUGCAAAGCUCUUUUAAGAGCCUGUGCUGAUGGAGGUGCCAACCGCUUAUAUGACGUCACGGAAGGAGAGAGGGAAAGCUUUCUGCCUGAAUUCAUCAGUGGAGACUUUGAUUCUAUUAGGCCUGAAGUUAGAGAAUACUACGCCAUUAAGGGAUGUGAAAUUAUUUCAACUCCUGAUCAGGACCAUACUGACUUUACCAAGUGCCUUGAAGUGCUCCAAAAUAAGAUAGAAGGAAAAGACCUACAGGUAGAUAUGAUUGUGACCCUGGGAGGACUUGCUGGACGUUUUGACCAGAUUAUGGCGUCAGUGAGCACUUUGUUCCAAGCAACUCGAAUCACUCCUUUGCCAAUUAUAAUAAUCCAAGAGGAGUCUCUCAUCUACCUGCUCCAACCGGGAAAGCACAAAUUGCACGUCGAUACCGGAAUGGAAGGUGAUUGGUGUGGCCUCAUUCCUGUUGGACAGCCAUGCAAUCAGGUUACGACAACAGGCCUAAAGUGGAACGUCAUAUUUUUCAACAAGGCAGUGAAAAGCCACUGUGACCACUGGGAUUUCAUUUUCAAGAGUCUCACAGAGGUUCAGGCUGAGAUGUGUCAGAAGUCCAGUUGUAUUGAUGUCCCUGCAAAUCAUAGGAUUAGUUUCGGAACACUGGUCAGCACUUCCAAUACCUACGAUGGAUCUGGUGUUGUGACUGUGGAAACAGACCAUCCCCUCCUCUGGACCAUGGCCAUCAAAAACACCCAUGACUGACCUCCGCAGCUGUGCCUCUGACCUCAUUUGCCAACAACUUCAUGCUCCACAAGAACAGUUCACCUUGGUUGGCAGGAAUCUAAACCUGUCCCUGAGAAGCCUGCUAGUUUUAAAUAUGUUUAAAUAUGUUAUAUUCAUAAACAUUAUGAAUGACAGAUCUCAAUUGUACAGUGACGGGGGGAAAUCAUUAUUUCUUAAGAAAGUAAAUUACACUCAGUUGGAAAACUAAUGUGGAUUAUUCCACUCUAAAAUUAAGGACUGAUCAUUCUUACGUUACUAAUCGUUCCACGUAUCCUAGAAAACUGUUGGCUUUUAUUUUUGCGGUACGCGGGCCUCUCACUGCUGUGGCCUCUCCCGUUGCGGAGCAUAGGCUCCGGACGCGCAGGCUCAGCGGCCAUGGCUCACGGGCCCAGCUGCUCCGCGGCAUGUGGGAUCCUCCCGGACCGGGGCACGAACGCGCGUUCCCCCGCAUCGGCAGGCGGACUCCCAACCACUGCGCCACCAGGGAAGCCCUAGAAAACUGUUUUUAGGUUUGAACCUGAGAAGGCUCUGUUGAGGCUCCGUGCUGUCCAGCACAUAACCCUCCUCCUGUUCAUCCUUAAUUGCUUAACACCAAAGGCUACUUCUGUCUAAUAAUAUUAGCUCUUUCUGUAUUAUAUGUAUUCCCUCUCACUGAAAAAAUAAUUCCUUCUAGCUUGGGAUGCUAGAACUGCAUUUUAUUCUGGCCUUAAUGGUUUUUGGUAUUAUCUUUUCAUAAUAAAUUUAAAAAUGAUUGGCCUGAUUAUUAAAAUUUAAAACAGGUAGAACCUGCCCAGCAGCUUUACAUAGCACAAAGCCGGUGUUGCCGUAAGGAAAGGGACCAGCAGCUCUCUUCUUUCUGGUGCUACAACAGUGACGGUUGCCUUGUAAGUGGAGAGUGAAAGUGGGAUCAGGUGAACUAGCAUGCAGUUGUGCCUAGUCAAUCAUUAGAGAUAAUUAUUCAUAAUUUAUGCAAAUAUAUGUGAAAUUGAAUCCAGAUGUCAAAUAAAAAUAUUUA